GAAUAAAGCUUGUCAAAACGCACGGAACAAUAAAAUCGCUGGUGCUUUUUACUAAUAAACAGAGUGUUGCAAUUUCAUCACUUGUGCAAAAACAUCCUCUCAAGUUCAUCCUUUAUCAGUGUCCAUGGACGCAAUGGAGAAUCAUGGGGGAAUCCCCUCGAAAUUCUUGCCCGAAUGUUGGAGUGAUGACACAAGAAUGGCUGUGUUGUUUUCACCUUUCCGGGAACGUUUUGUGAAUCCUGAAAACUACGCGGGAAAGCUAAAGUUCUGGCGAGACAUGAUCUCUGUCUACUGCCAGUGGCGAGGCACAGCCGAAGUGACUGUGCAGGAUAUCACAGAAGCGUUCUGGCGCAAGGAGAGGAAGCCCUACUGCAUCGCCCGAGUAUUUGAGGAAAUGCUGGCGUCUGGAGAGUUGACAGCCAAGGAGGACUUUUUGGAAGCACCUCAGCACACAUGGGCAAGCUGGACAGCCAAUGUGCUGGUGAAGAAGCCACUGAAAUGGGGACUGGAGACAGUGAAGAACAGAAUUUUCCCGCCCAAUUUCACUGAGAUUGCCUUCAUUGUGAAGGAAGUUGUUGAGAUUCAGUCGACAAAAGUGCUGAAUUUGCUGGACAAUCAACUCCUUCCGCAGUCAGAAGUGAUAAAGCGAGCUGGAGAAGCACUGAAAAUCUCUCCAGACGGCGUCUCUCUGGUCAUUCAUGCGCUGCUGUGUGAGAAGAAAGUCACCAUUCGCCAAGUGGCGGCCGAAGAAGAUGCAGAGAGUCUAGUGAAAUUCGCGGCCGCUGGUGAGAAAGUGCAGAAAAUUACGGGGUUGGAGUGCUCAAUUUAUCAGUUGGAGCGUAUGGAGAAGGAACUCCUGAGGAUUAUCGAUGAGCUUGAGGAGCAGGUGAAGCUGGAGGAGGAGAAGGCGCGAGAGAAUGUGCGAAAGUCCAACAGGAGACUCGCCAAAUUGUGUCUCUGGCGGAGAAAUGGCGCCCUGAAGAAUAUUGAGCAGAAGACAAAGUCUCUCAUGAAUAUUCAGGAAAUUCUGACAAAGAUUCGCGACGUGAAGUUCAACAAGAAGAUCGUGCAGGCCUACAAGGUGGCUGGGAAGAGUCUUCAGGAUGCGCUGGAGAAGUCUGGCAUCACUGUUGCGAUGGUGGAGGAAACCAUCGAGGAGAUGAGAGAUGCCAUUGAGAUCAGUGAGGAAGUGGAGGCUGCCAUCGGCAAGGAUGCUGUAGUGCUGAACAAUGCUGAGCAGGAGGAGUUGGAGAAGGAGUUGGCUGAACUCCUGGAGGAUGACAAAGAUGAGAAAUCAGUGGCCAAAGAGGAGGACGACGAUGAACUCAUCAAGAAACUCGAUGCACUUCAUGUGCCCGACGAUUCUCCAUCCCCAAACGAUCCGAAGCGGUCUCAAAGGAGUCACAACUGAUCAACUCAGGUGAAGGACAACAGAAGUGCCUCUCGAAGAAUUGAAAAAUUCACUGUCAUUUCAUCUUUUUUGUACUUGAGAGAAUAAAUUUAUAUUUUGAUGAUAA